GGGUCCGAUCUUGCACGAUCAGGAAAGUAGGAGUCCUGAGGAACCCCUCGGCCGGGCGUGAAAUAUACGAUUUCUCGCACCCCCUCGUGCGGUGGGGUGGUGCGUUUGCGUGCGUUCGUGAAUUUCUGUGCGAGGUCAUCGACUUGUGACGGGGGUGAAACCUCAUUAUUUCGAGGUGUUGGGCGCUUGCGCGAGGGACGUCGGCGGUCUGGGUGCCCUCCGAUCAGCAGUGGGUGAUCGUCGGUGCCCCACGACGGUUUAACACGCCGACGUCGACAUCACCGUCGUCGUCGACGUCGUCCCCGACGAGAGGCCGGGAGCUCGAGUGUAUUGAUAGGAGCAUGCCGUCCACGCGGAAUUGUGCAUGACCACACUUGCCUCGAGCAUCGUUAAGGGUGCCUCGGACACGGAGUGACACGCGAGACACGCACGCACACCCGCGUACGCACGCACGAACGCGCAGAGGUGACGUAAACGGAGAAGUGUCGCCGCGUGGAACCGCACCGAAGGGAUGGCCGAUAGCGAGGGUGGCUCCGAGCAAGAUGACGUAUCAUUCCUCCGCACGGAGGAUAUGGUAUGUCUGUCCUGUACCGCAACAGGAGAAAGGGUUUGCCUGGCAGCCGAGGGUUUCGGUAAUCGACAUUGUUUCCUCGAGAAUAUUGCGGACAAGAACAUACCGCCAGAUCUGUCGCAAUGCGUGUUCGUAAUAGAACAAGCCCUCUCGGUGAGAGCCUUACAAGAACUGGUCACUGCUGCCGGCUCCGAGACGGGAAAGGGCACCGGGUCAGGGCACAGGACCUUGUUAUAUGGUAACGCCAUAUUAUUGCGACAUCUAAAUAGCGACAUGUACCUGGCAUGUCUGUCCACAAGUUCGUCGAACGAUAAGCUAGCCUUCGAUGUCGGUCUACAGCAGCACUCUCAUGGUGAGGCGUGCUGGUGGACCGUGCACCCCGCCUCCAAACAGAGAUCCGAAGGUGAGAAAGUACGCGUGGGUGACGAUCUUAUUUUGGUGUCUGUCGCCACCGAACGAUAUCUACACACGACGAAAGAAAAUGACCUAUCAGUGGUGAACGCAUCUUUCCACGUGACGCAUUGGUCGGUGCAACCGUAUGGUACCGGUAUCAGUAGAAUGAAAUACGUCGGCUACGUCUUCGGCGGCGACGUGUUGAGGUUCUUCCACGGCGGUGACGAGUGCUUGACGAUACCGUCGACAUGGAGUCCAACACCCAGUCAAAACCUAGUAAUCUACGAGGGCGGAAGUGUAAUGAGCCAAGCGAGAUCAUUAUGGAGAUUAGAGCUCGCCAGGACGAAAUGGGCGGGCGGCUUCAUCAACUGGUUGCAUCCAAUGAGGAUCAGACACUUGACCACCGGACGUUAUCUCGGCGUAAAGGAGAACAACGAGCUCUAUCUGGUCGAUAGAAAUGAGGCGACGAUCGAAACCUCGACGUUCUGGUUACGGCAGGAGAAGGACGAUCAGAAGAUUAUUCUUGAGGAUAAGGAUCUGGAAGUCAUCGGACUACCGAUUAUCAAAUACGGUGAUUCUACCGUUAUUAUGCAACAUGCCACCACGUGCCUCUGGGUGUCUUAUAAAUCAUACGAGACGAAAAAGAAAGGCGUCGGAAAAGUUGAAGAAAAACAAGCGGUACUGCAUGAAGAGGGUAAGAUGGACGAUGGUUUAGAUUUCUCCAGAUCUCAGGAAGAGGAAUCUCGCACUGCCCGAGUCAUCAGAAAGUGCAGUAGCUUGUUUACUCAGUUUAUCACAGGCCUAGAAAUGCUGCAGGUGAAUAGAAGAGCGUCAAUGUUUUUUCAAAAUGUGAAUCUGAACGAGAUGGUAAUGUGUCUUGAAGACUUGAUCAAUUACUUUGCUCAACCUGAGGACGAUAUGGAACAUGAAGAAAAGCAGAACAAAUUCCGAGCUCUCAGGAAUCGUCAAGAUUUGUUCCAAGAGGAGGGCAUAUUGAAUCUCAUUCUUGAAGCUAUCGACAAAAUUAAUGUAAUUACUUCGCAAGGAUUUCUCGUUGCUCUUUCUGGCGACGAGAGUGGCCAGGCCUGGGAUCAGAUAUCUGGAUAUCUCUAUCAAUUGCUGGCAGCUAUUAUCAAAGGAAAUCACACCAACUGUGCACAGUUUGCCAACAGUAAUCGUCUCAAUUGGUUAUUCAGCCGAUUGGGUUCACAAGCUUCCAGCGAGGGAACUGGAAUGUUGGAUGUACUUCACUGCGUUCUGAUUGAUUCGCCAGAAGCUUUGAAUAUGAUGAGGGAUGAGCAUAUAAAAGUAAUUAUCUCUCUGCUAGAGAAACAUGGCAGGGAUCCGAAAGUUCUAGACGUUUUAUGUUCACUGUGUGUUGGUAACGGCGUCGCAGUGCGAUCUUCGCAAAAUAACAUUUGCGACUUUCUGUUGCCUGGAAAAAAUUUGCUCCUUCAAACACAGUUAGUGGAUCAUGUAGCGAGUGUCAGGCCAAAUAUAUUUGUUGGGAGAGUAGAAGGAUCGGCUCUUUAUCAGAAAUGGUACUUCGAAGUGACAGUAGAUCAUAUUGAACAAACAACUCACAUGAUGCCGCAUUUGAGAAUCGGAUGGGCAAACACCGCUGGCUAUAUGCCGUAUCCUGGUGGUGGAGAGAAAUGGGGUGGAAACGGCGUCGGUGAUGACUUGUAUUCAUUCGGAUUCGAUGGCGCUUAUCUAUGGACCGGUGGCAGGAAGACACAAGUUGUUCAAAACGUCACUGAGCCUUACAUACGAAAAAGCGAGGUGAUCGGUUGCGCUUUGGACCUGACAGUGCCGGUGAUAACGUUCACUUUUAAUGGGACUCGCAUCAUGGGUUCUUUUCGAAACUUCAAUCUGGACGGCAUGUUUUUCCCUGUUAUCAGCUGCUCAUCCAAACUCUCCUGCAGAUUUCUAUUGGGCGGUGAUCAUGGCCGAUUGAAAUUCCAACCACCGGAAGAGUUUUCGCCGCUAGUGGAAAGUCUGCUGCCACAACAGAUUCUAUCACUGGAUCCGUGUUUUUAUUUUGGCAACAUGAAUAAAGUCGUCUUGGCAGGUCCAUGGCUAGUCGAGGACGAUACCGCCUUCGUUCCGGCUCCGGUCGAUACUUCCAUGGUCAACUUGCCCGCCUACGUCGAACAGAUCAGAGAUAAACUAGCAGAAAACAUCCAUGAGAUGUGGGCAAUGAACAAGAUCGAAGCAGGUUGGAUCUAUGGCGAGGUCAGAGAUGAUCUCAGGAAGAUUCAUCCCUGCAUAGUUCAAUUCGAACGAUUGCCAGCCGCAGAAAAGCGUUACGAUACUCAGUUGGCCGUACAGACUUUGAAGACUAUCCUGGCUCUAGGCUACUACAUCACCAUGGACAAACCACCGUCCAGAAUAAAAACUUUGAGACUACCGAAUGAACCGUUUCUACAAAGCAGUGGAUAUAAACCGGCGCCGCUUGAUCUGUCUGCAAUUACAUUAACCCCCAAGAUGGAGGAGCUCGUUGAUCAACUUGCGGAAAAUACGCACAAUCUCUGGGCAAAAGAAAGAAUCAGCCAAGGAUGGACAUAUGGAUUAAACGAAGAUUCGGAGAUGAGAAGAAGUCCUCACUUGGUACCGUAUCCGAAGGUUGACGAAGCUAUCAAAAAAGCAAAUCGAGAUACGGCCAGCGAAACUGUCAGGACCCUGUUGGUUUACGGAUACAUGCUUGAUCCACCCACUGGAGAACAGCACGAAGCAUUACUUUUGGAGGCCAGUAGGUUACGACAAUUAUCCUUCAGGACUUACAGGGUGGAGAAACAUUAUGCAGUCAACAGCGGAAAAUGGUAUUUCGAAUUCGAAGUUCUCACAGCCGGACCUAUGCGAGUCGGUUGGGCAAAAGCUGAUUGCAUGCCAGGAAGUAUGCUGGGCAGUGAUGAAAAUACUUGGGCAUUUGAUGGUUACAACGUGACUAAAGUGCACGCUGGCACUCACGAGUCAUUUGGUCACAAAUAUCAAGUGGGCGACAUAGUUGGAUGUUUCAUUGACGUGGCAGACCGAACGAUCAGUUUCUCCUUGAAUGGAGAACUACUGAUGGAUGCUCUCGGCGGAGAAACUUCUUUCGCUGAUGUGCAAGGUGAUUCUUUUGUGCCUGCCUUCACUCUCGGUGUUGGUCAAAAGGCAAGAUUAACAUUUGGCCAAGAUGUAAACACCCUGAAAUUUUUCACCACUUGCGGUCUGCAAGAGGGCUACGAGCCAUUUUGUGUGAACAUGAACCGUCUAGUUACAUAUUGGUACACGAAAGAUCAACCCAUUUUCGAGAACACCGACGACAUGGCUGACACGCGAAUCGAUGUGGUCAGGAUACCAGCUGGUUCCGACACACCGCCCUGCUUGAAAAUCUCCCAUAACACGUUCGAAACUAUGGAGAAAGCUAAUUGGGAAUUUCUAAGAUUAUCAUUACCGGUGAUUUGCCAAUCCAGCUUCAUCACGGAAGGCGAGAAAUUGCGGAGAUGGCAAGAAAUUAAAAUGCGACAGAACAGACUUCUAGCCGAGCAAGUUGAACAAGGACAACAGGCUGCACCGUCGGCGCAUCUGGAACAGAUUAUGAAAUCUGGCUUCAGUAUGAGUGAUAUCAAAGGCUUGCAACGAAAUUAUUCGGAAGAUGCGGCCGAGGCGGACGAGAUGAUGAAAGAAUCACCGCUUCCUAUGCAAAGAGGUAAACCUGCCAGACCGCCCAGAAAAGGUUCACUUUACGGAUCACGUUUGGACAACGCGAUUAGUGAAGCCGAGAUGAAUGGAUAUGUCGAGAUGAAUGGUGAUAUAAAGGAUGACAAGAAAAAACGCGGUCGCUCGCCUUUCCGCAAGCUUAGCAAAGAGAUGGAGGAUGUUCCGUUCUUUUCGCGCAAAGCGAAAUCACCGGACGCAAAGUCGAAAACGCCUGAACCACAAGUUCGUUCGGAUAUUUCGGAUAAGAGUAUGAGCAAAAGUAUCAAAGUUCCUCAAGUUCGUGUUUCUACUACGGACUUGAAAGUCGUGCCACCGCAAAUUCCAGAACGUAACGUUCCUAAAGCGAUGUCCGUUUUAACCGGAAGUGGCGUCGAAGCGAUCGGGAACGAAAUCUUUGAUGCAGAAUGCAUGAAAUUAAUGAACGAGUAUUUCUACGGCGUUAGAAUAUUUCCAGGUCAAGAUCCAACUCAUGUUUAUGUGGGUUGGGUUACUUCGCAGUAUCAUUUGCACACAAAGGAUUUCAAUUUAUCCCGCGUGAGAAAAGCCUCUGUUGCCAUCGUAGAUGAUUACGAACGUCUCGUGGAACAAGUCGAUAGACAAAGUUGCUAUAUGGUUCGAGCGGACGAACUGUACAAUGAAGUCACUCAGGAUGCAUCGGGCAAGGGUGCAUCCCAAGGUAUGUUCGUCGGAUGCUUUGUCGACACCGCCACAGGCUGGGUGUCCUUCACCUGCGAAGGGAAAGAGACGAGCCACAAAUUCAAAAUGGAACCGGAUACGAAGCUGUUUCCAGCGAUCUUUGUCGAGGCCACCAGUAAAGAGAUCUUGCAGAUCGAACUCGGCAGAACCUCGACGACACUUCCGCUCUCAGCAGCCGUGCUGCAGAAUUCCGAACGACACGUGAUACCGCAAUUUCCGCCCAGAUUAAAGGUGCAAUGCCUAAAGCCGCAUCAAUGGGCCAGAGUGCCGAAUCAAUCUCUUCAGGUACAUGCCUUGAAGCUAUCCGACAUCAGAGGCUGGUCGAUGCUAUGCGAGGAUGCUAUAUCGAUGCUGGCUCUUCAUAUACCCGAGGAAGACAGGUGCAUCGACAUUCUGGAACUCAUCGAAAUGGACAAGCUGCUCAGUUUCCACGCGCAUACGUUGACCCUGUACGCAGCUCUGUGCUACCAAUCGAAUUAUCGUGCGGCACACGCUCUGUGCCAACAUGUUGACCAGAAGCAAUUGUUAUACGCGAUACGAGCCGAGUACAUGUCCGGGCCCCUGCGACAAGGAUUUUACGACUUACUUAUCGCCCUACAUCUCGAGUCACACGCGACGACGAUGGAAGUAUGCAAGAACGAAUACAUAAUACCGCUCGGUCAAGAGCUGAAGGACCUGUACGAGGACACCGAGAUGAGACAUAGUCUUAGAUAUUUGGAGACCGAGUCCAUUCGGCCGUAUAUGAAAAUGACAGAUAUCAGGAAUAUUCCUUCUAGUGACCAAGCGAUUGAGAACAUUAAGAACCUAUACAGCCCGCAUUUUCUCCUCGACGUCGUGCGCGAUUAUGUGAUGAUGGCACUCAACGAGGCCGUCGAAGUGAAUCAGGUGCACAACCGAGAUCCGAUCGGAGGCAGCAACGAGAAUCUAUUCCUACCUCUCUUGAAGCUGGUAGAUAGAUUGCUACUAGUCGGCAUGUUGAGAAACGAGGAUGUAUUUAAAUUGCUCAUCAUGAUAAAUCCUGAAACUUGGGAUCCGACCUUCGAUAAAGAAGGAAAAGACGAGCACAAAAAGGGCUUAUUGCACAUGAAAAUGGCCGAAGGAGCAAAAUUACAAAUGUGCUAUUUACUUCAUCAUUUAAAUGACAUCCAGUUACGCCAUCGUGUCGAGUCCAUCAUCGCCUUCGCUUCCGACUUUGUUGGAGAAUUGCAGGCGGAUCAAUUGCGACGUUACAUCGAAAUUAAACAGUCGGAUUUGCCGUCGGCUGUAGCUGCCAAAAAGACCAGAGAAUUUAGAUGUCCUCCGCGCGAGCAGAUGAAUGCUAUUUUAAGCUUCAAAAAUUUGGAUUCCGAGGAAGAUCCAGAGAAUUGUCCCUGUGGCGAGGAUCUCAUUGUCAAAAUGAACGAAUUUCAUAACGAUUUGAUGUCUUACGUAUCCCUAACUGCUCUUCAGGAAGCUGCUAAUGCCGCAAAUGAACCGGCCGAGGAAAUUCAAAAACCUGGUGCUAUGAAACGCCUUUUCAAUUUUAUUAAUGCUGUCAAGGAACUCGAAGAGGAAGCUAAACCUGAAGCCGAGCCUGAGAAAAAGACUCCGGAAGAGGUAUUUCGCAAAGUGCUAAUAUCAACUAUCGUAAGUUGGGCCGAGGAAUCGCAAAUCGAGACCCCGAAACUCGUGCGAGAGAUGUUUAGCUUAUUAGUCAGGCAAUACGACACUGUCGGAGAGUUGAUUAGAGCUUUGGAGAAAACUUACGUCGUCAACAACAAGACGAAGGAUGAUGUCGCAUUGAUGUGGGUCGGUUUGAGCCAAAUUCGUGCCUUGUUGCCAGUACAGAUGUCUCAGGAGGAGGAGGCACUGGUUCGAGAGCGACUAUGGAAGCUGGUGAACAAUCACACUUUCUUCCAGCAUCCUGAUCUCAUCAGAGUGCUGAGAAUUCACGAGAAUGUGAUGGCUAUCAUGAUGAAUACGCUGGGAAGACGCGCUCAGGCACAGUCUGACGCUCAAACUCAGGCCCAAGCGGCCGAGGGUGAGCCAGCAUCGAAGGAGAAGGAUACCUCUCAUGAGAUGGUCGUGGCUUGCUGCAGAUUUCUGUGUUACUUUUGUCGUACAUCUAGACAGAAUCAAAAGGCUAUGUUCGAUCAUUUCGACUUUUUGUUGGAGAACAGUAAUAUCUUAUUGGCAAGACCGUCGCUGCGAGGAUCGACGCCUUUGGACGUGGCAUAUUCGUCACUGAUGGAGAACACCGAGUUAGCUUUGGCCUUGAGAGAACAUUAUUUAGAGAAAAUCGCUAUCUAUCUAUCACGAUGCGGCUUACAGUCCAACUCAGAAUUAGUGGAGAAGGGUUAUCCAGAUUUAGGCUGGGAUCCUGUUGAGGGUGAACGCUAUCUCGAUUUCUUGAGAUUUUGCGUGUGGGUGAAUGGUGAAAGCGUAGAGGAAAAUGCCAACUUGGUAAUCCGUCUACUAAUCAGAAGACCAGAAUGUUUAGGCCCGGCUCUUCGAGGCGAGGGAGAAGGUUUAUUGCAAGCUAUUAUAGAAGCUAACAAGAUGUCUGAACGCAUUGCCGAUAGACGAAAAUACUUCGCACAGGUGCACGAUGAGGCCGAGGGCACGGCUAUGGUGAUGCAAUUUGAGCAUCCACUUCCAGAAUCAGAUGACGACGAAGACUACAUUGACACGGGCGCGGCGAUAUUAAAUUUCUAUUGUACUCUCGUGGAUUUAUUAGGUCGCUGUGCUCCGGAUUCUUCCGUCAUAGAGCAAGAGGCUUCUACAAAAUCCGUCGGAAAGAACGAAUCUCUUCGAGCCCGGGCAAUCUUGAGAUCGUUAGUACCCUUAGACGAUCUUCAGGGUGUGUUGUCCUUGCGAUUUACGCUACUCAAUCCCGCCGCCGGCGAGGAACGACCGAAAAGCGACACGCCGUCUGGUUUGAUACCAGGGCACAAGCAAAGCGUGGUGCUGUUUCUCGAACGCGUUUACGGCAUCGAAACACAAGAAUUAUUUUAUAAGUUACUGGAGGAAGCCUUUCUGCCAGACCUUCGCGCCGCUACCAUGCUUGACAGAAACGACGGUUACGAAUCCGAUAUGGCGCUCGCUAUGAAUCGUUACAUAGGAAACAGUAUUCUGCCGUUGCUAAUUAAGCAUUCCAAAUUUUACAACGAGGCGGACAACUACGCGAGUUUACUCGAUGCUACGUUACACACGGUCUAUCGGCUGAGUAAGAAUCGAAUGCUGACGAAGGGCCAACGUGAAGCUGUCUCGGACUUUCUCGUCGCAUUAACUAGUCAAAUGCAGCCAAGCAUGUUGCUGAAGUUGCUACGAAAGUUGACCGUUGAUGUGUCUAAAUUAUCAGAGUAUACUACCGUAGCUCUUAGAUUGUUAACGCUGCAUUACGAUCGUUGCGCAAAAUAUUACGGCUCCACCGGCGGUCAAGGCGCUUAUGGUGCUUCGAGCGACGAAGAAAAACGCCUUACCAUGGUCCUCUUUAGCAAUAUAUUUGAUUCUCUAUCUAAAAUGGACUACGAUCCAGAAUUAUUCGGAAAAGCGCUGCCUUGUCUGACAGCUAUCGGUUGCGCUUUGCCGCCAGAUUAUUCUCUAUCGAAAAAUUACGACGACGAAUGGUACGGAAGUAAAUCGGCCUCGACUCAAUCACCCGAUGGUCCUUACAAUCCACAACCAAUCAAUACCUCCAGCGUGGUACUCAAUAAUGAUCUUAAUCAAAUUGUACAAAAAUUCUCCGAGCAUUAUCACGAUGCUUGGGCCAGCCGGAAGUUGGAGAAUGGUUGGACUUACGGCGAACAAUGGUCGGACGUGAAUAAAACUCAUCCGAGAUUAAAACCAUAUAACAUGUUAAGUGAUUACGAACGAGAGCGAUAUAAAGAACCCGUUAGGGAGAGCUUAAAAGCUCUCUUGGCAAUUGGUUGGAGUGUGGAACACGCGGAAGUCGAUGUGCCGUCGACCAAUCGCAGUUCCAUGAGAAGGUCUUCCAAAAGCCAAGGCGAUUCGGCGAAUCCCUUUAAUUAUCAUCCUCAUCCGGUGGAUAUGACUAAUCUAACAUUAAGUAGAGAAAUGCAGAACAUGGCUGAACGUUUGGCAGACAACGCUCACGAUAUUUGGGCAAAGAAGAAGAAAGAAGAACUUAUUACUUGCGGAGGUGGCAUUCAUCCUCAACUAGUACCCUACGAUCUAUUGACUGACAAGGAAAAACGAAAGGAUCGCGAACGAUCGCAGGAGUUCCUCAAAUACUUGCAGUAUCAAGGUUAUAAACUUCACAAACCUAAUCGCGGCGGUACAGAAACGGAAGUGGCUGGUGCCAUAGCUGCGGUGGAAUUAAGAUUCGCUUAUUCAUUACUAGAGAAGUUGAUAGCUUAUUUAGACAAGGCGACCAUCAAUAUGAAGCUUUUAAAGCCUUCUGAUACGUUCAGUCGAAGAAACAGUUUCAAGACCUCGACAAGAGACAUCAAGUUCUUCAGUAAAGUAGUUCUGCCGUUGAUGGAGAAGUAUUUCAGCACGCAUAGAAACUACUUCAUCGCUGUGGCUACCGCCACGAACAACGUUGGCGCAGCAUCAUUGAAAGAGAAAGAGAUGGUGGCCGCGCUUUUCUGCAAAUUAGCAAGUUUGCUCAGAUCAAGACUUGCCGCCUUUGGCGCGGAUGUGAGGAUAACAGUUCGUUGUCUGCAAGUACUCGUAAAAGGCAUAGAUGCUAAAAGUCUGGUAAAGAACUGUCCGGAGUUUAUCCGAACGUCCAUGUUGACUUUCUUCAAUAAUACCGCCGAUGAUUUGGGUCACACGAUCUUAAAUCUCCAAGAAGGGAAAUACAGUCAUCUCAGAGGCACCCAUUUGAAAACCUCCACGUCAUUAUCGUAUAUCAAUAGUGUGGUUUUACCGGUGCUCACCGCGAUGUUUGACCAUCUUGCCGCGUGCGAGUAUGGCAGCGACUUGUUACUUGACGAAAUUCAGGUAGCGUCGUAUAAAAUGUUGGCGUCUCUGUAUACUCUCGGAAUAGACGCUAGUUUGACGCAUGAUAGAAAGUACCUGAAGACCGAGAUUGAGCGACACAAACCUAAUCUGGGCUCCUGUCUGGGUGCCUUUUCGAGUUGCUUCCCAGUAGCCUUUUUAGAGCCUCAUUUAAACAAGCAUAAUCAGUAUUCUCUCCUAAAUCGAAUUGCGGAUCAUUCGCUGGAAGCUCAAGAUAUCAUGACGAAGAUGGAAUCGAGUAUGCCGACCUUGGAGACCAUUCUUAGUGAAGUCGAUCAGUUCGUCGAAUCUGACAAGACUUAUAACGACGCUCCUCACAUCGUCGACGUGAUUCUACCUUUGCUUUGCUCCUAUUUACCUUUCUGGUGGGCACAAGGGCCUGACAACGUGAAUCCGACCGAAGGCACUUACGUCAGUAUGGUCACUAGCGAUCAUCUGAAUCAGUUGCUAAAAAACGUACUGAAGCUGAUUAAGAAGAACAUCGGUAAUGAGAACGCACCGUGGAUGACGCGCAUUGCUGCCUACACUCAGCAAAUCAUUAUCAAUUCAUCCGAAGAAUUAUUAAAGGAUCCCUUUUUGCCACUCGCCGAACGCGUCAGGAAACGAACGGACACCAUGUUCCACAAGGAAGAAUCUCUUCGAGGUUUCAUUAAGUCCUCGACUGAGGAUACUUCGCAAGUCGAGGCGCAGAUUCAGGAAGAUUGGCAGCUACUGGUGCGUGACAUUUACUCGUUCUAUCCUCUGUUGAUAAAAUAUGUCGAUCUUCAGAGGAAUCAUUGGUUGAGGAAUAAUAUUCCUGAGGCCGAGGAUCUGUACAAUCACGUAGCAGCUAUAUUUAAUAUCUGGUCCAAGUCACAGUAUUUCUUGCGCGAAGAGCAGAAUUUCAUAUCAGCAAACGAAAUCGAUAAUAUGGUGCUUAUCAUGCCUACUGCGACUAGAAGAUCCACUACAGUGUCUGAUGGCACCGCGCCUUCCGGAGGAGGCAAGAAAAAGAAGAAGCAUCGUGACAAAAAGAGAGACAAAGACAAGGAAGUGCAGGCAUCCUUGAUGGUCGCUUGUCUGAAGCGUUUGCUACCUGUCGGCUUGAAUCUGUUUGCUGGUCGCGAACAGGAGCUGGUGCAGCAUUGCAAGGACAGGUUUCUGAAGAAGAUGCCAGAAUAUGAUAUUUCGGAAUUUGCCAAGACGCAAUUGACUUUACCGGACAAAAUCGAUCCUGCCGACGAAAUGUCUUGGCAACAUUACCUGUAUUCUAAAUUGGGUCAGAAGAAGGACGUGAUGGAACCUGUGAAGGUUCAACAACUAGAAGAUGUAGUUGCUAGGAUCACCGAUAUGGCCAAAGUCUUAUACGGCUUACACAUGGCGACAAAGCCACCGCCAUCGCGAGAUGGAUGGAAACGUGUGUUGUGCGCUGCUAGAAAAAGAGCAGCGAUUGCAUGUUUGCGUAGUGAACCUCUGUAUAAAUUGAGAAGACAUCGAGCGAUAAAUAUUUUUGCGCGAACGUAUUAUGAGCUAUGGCUGCAAGAUGAAAAUGUGGGUCAAGAAGUUAUGAUCGAGGAUCUUACGCAAUCGUUUGAAGAUGCUGAACUGAAAAAAAUGGAUAACGCUGAAGACGAAGGCAAGCCGGAUCCAUUGACGCAGUUAGUGACAACAUUCUGUCGCGGUGCCAUGACUGAACGAUCAGGCGCUCUUCAAGAAGAUCCACUUUACAUGAGUUACGCUCAAAUUAUUUCCAAAUCUUGCGGAGAAGAGGAAGAAGAAGGUGAAGAAGAAGGCGGUGAGGAAGAAGGUGGAGCUUCGAUUCAUAAGCCGAGACAUAAGUAUACGAGGCCAAUGCAUAAACUAAUGGAGCAAGAAAUGGAGAAGCAAAAACUCUUGUUUCAUCAAACUCGUCUAGCAAAUCGUGGCGUCGCGGAGAUGGUUCUUCUACACAUAUCGGCGUGCAAAGGCGUUCCCAGCGAGAUGGUAAUGAAGACAUUAGAGCUUGGAAUUUCAAUCCUGCGUGGCGGCAAUAUCGAAAUUCAACGAGGAAUGCUGAAUCAUCUGAAAGAGAAGAAGGACGUUGGUUUCUUCACGUCCAUCGCUGGUCUAAUGAAUUCGUGCAGCGUGCUGGAUCUGGAUGCUUUCGAAAGAAAUACAAAAGCUGAAGGUCUCGGUGUCGGUUCCGAGGGUGCAGCUGGCGAGAAGAAUAUGCACGACGCCGAAUUCACUUGCGCCCUAUUCCGCUUUAUCCAACUCACCUGCGAGGGUCAUAAUCUCGAUUGGCAAAAUUACCUCAGAACGCAGGCUGGUAACACGACGACGGUAAAUGUGGUCAUUUGCACUGUCGAUUACUUACUACGAUUACAAGAGUCGAUUAUGGAUUUCUAUUGGCAUUACUCGAGUAAGGAACUAAUCGACCCUGCCGGCAAAGCAAACUUCUUCAAGGCUAUUGGCGUCGCCAGUCAAGUGUUUAACACUCUCACUGAAGUUAUUCAAGGUCCAUGCGCACAGAAUCAACAAGCUUUAGCGCAUUCCAGGUUGUGGGAUGCAGUUGGAGGUUUUCUUUUCUUGUUCUCGCACAUGCAGGACAAACUAUCAAAGCACUCCAGUCAGGUGGAUCUUCUGAAGGAAUUGCUAAACUUACAAAAAGAUAUGAUUACCAUGAUGCUUUCCAUGCUUGAAGGUAACGUCGUGAACGGGACGAUUGGAAAACAGAUGGUGGACACUUUGGUCGAAUCGGCUAGCAACGUAGAAUUGAUUUUGAAGUACUUUGACAUGUUCUUGAAGUUGAAAGAUCUUGUAUCAUCGCCAAGUUUCCUCGAAGUUGAUGUUAAUAAUGACGGUUGGGUGUAUCCUAAGGAUUUCAAGGAAAAAAUGGAGCAGCAAAAGAGCUACACCAACGAGGAGAUUGAAUUCCUACUGGCCUGUUGCGAGACAAAUCACGACGGCAAGAUCGAUUAUGUCGCUUUCAUGGAUCGUUUCCACGAACCAGCGAAGGAAAUCGGUUUCAAUCUAGCAGUAUUGCUCACCAAUCUGUCCGAACACAUGCCUAAUGAGCCGAGAUUAGCCAGGUUCCUCGAGACAGCCGGCUCUGUUCUGAACUAUUUCGAACCAUUCUUGGGUAGGAUCGAAAUCCUCGGCGGCAACAAGAAGAUCGAGCGCGUGUACUUCGAGAUCAAAGAAUCAAACAUCGAGCAAUGGGAGAAGCCACAGAUCAAAGAGUCGAAGAAAACCUAUUUCUAUAACACGGUAGUCGAGGCUGGCGACAAAGAGAAACUCGAAACCUUUAUCAACUUUUGCGAAGAUGCUAUUUUUGAAAUGCAACAUGCGAGCGCGUUGAUGACCGUCGAAGAGAGCGGUGGAAUCGGUAAGGCGAGAGAAUCUUCGUACACAUACAUGACCGAAGAUGACGAAGAGAGGAAUAAAGAUCCAAUCAGGCGAAGUAUUCAAGCCUUCAAGGACGGCAUUUACUUCUUCUUCUACAUGUUCUCACCGACCAACAUCAAGAACAAGAUCGCUGAGAUGCAACAGAUGACAAUACCUGAGCUUUUCAUCGGCUUCUUUAAAAUGAUCUUCUAUGCCUUCUAUUAUUCUGGCUUUGGCGUCGGCUGCGUGAUCAAAUAUUUCAUGAGGCUUCUAUUGACCUUAAUGAGAGGACCACAUCUGGACGAGCCCGUUGUUGUCAAGGAAGAGGAAGAAAAACCGUCGAGACAUUUACCCGCUUUACCGCCUACGCCGGAUGAGUCGAAUUUACAAGUACAAGCCUUUGGAAUGGAUAUAACAAAAGAAGAAGGAGGACAGAUAAAGAUAGCACCACACGAAUCAAGUACUUCUACGCCACAAUCCAGUAUUGAAGAAACGGGCGAGAGUACACCUGACGAAGGUACUGGCGAGGAAGGAGUGAGAGCUGAAGGAGAGAGCGAGCAGCCCGUCACUUUAGCUGAUUUGCUCGGUGGAGAACAAGCCAGAGCGCAAGCUGCCGCAGCAGCAGAAGCAGCAGCUGCUCAACAAGCAGCUAUGGCAGCAGUUGAAGCUGAAGCAAAACAAGAAACCUCGGUCGAACCUUCCACAGGAUCGAGCAUUGAUCUGUCCGAAUACAGCCAUCGUAUAGUAUCCUUCUUGGCCAGGAAUUUCUACAAUCUGAAAUAUGUUGCGCUGGUUCUCGCCUUCUGUAUCAACUUUAUGCUGCUGUUCUAUAAGGUCUCAUCUUUGGCUGACGAUUCGGACGAGGAAGGCAGUGGACGAAUGGCGGAUUUGUUAUCGGAACUAUCAGGCGAAGGAACAUCGGGUUUGGCAGGUAGUGGCAUGGAAAUAGGUAGUAGCGGUAGUGGUGAAGAUAGUUCGGAAGAAGAAGAUGACGAGGCUCAAGAAUUCGUGGAAGUGGCCGAAGAUUAUUAUUAUAUGGCUCACGUUAUGAGGCUAUUGGCUCUUCUUCAUUCUAUCGUUUCGCUCGCUAUGCUAGUCGCGUAUUAUCAUCUAAAGGUACCAUUGGCCAUCUUUAAAAGAGAGAAGGAAAUUGCCCGACGAGUAGAAUUUGAUGGAUUAUACAUAGCUGAAACACCGGAAGAAGACGAUAUUAAGGCACAUUGGGACAAAAUGGUGAUAUCAGCAAAGACUUUCCCCGUAAAUUAUUGGGAUAAGUUCGUCAAAAAGAAGGUCCGGCAAAAAUACAGCGAAACAUAUGACUUUGAUUACAUCAGCAAUUUGCUCGGAAUGGAAAAGACCUCUUUCAGCAAGCAAGAAGAAGAAGGAUCUGGCUUGAUACAUUUCAUUGUAAAUAUCGACUGGAGAUAUCAAAUAUGGAAAGCUGGUGUCACCAUCACGGAUAAUGCAUUUUUAUACAGUUUAUGGUACUUCACAUUUUCGAUUCUCGGCAAUUACAAUAAUUUCUUCUUCGCCGCUCACUUGCUAGACGUUGCGGUCGGCUUCAAAACUUUACGAACCAUCUUACAGUCAGUGACACAUAACGGCAAGCAAUUGGUUCUGACAGUGAUGUUACUGACAAUCGUGGUAUACAUCUACACCGUAAUAGCUUUCAAUUUCUUCAGGAAAUUCUAUAUACAAGAGGAAGACGAUGAAACAGACAAGAAAUGUCAUCAUAUGCUAACGUGUUUCGUUUUCCACUUGUACAAAGGCGUAAGAGCCGGUGGUGGCAUAGGCGACGAGAUCGGUGAACCCGAUGGCGAUGAUUACGAGGUGUAUCGUAUAAUGUUCGAUAUUACAUUCUUCUUCUUCGUGAUCGUCAUUCUGUUGGCUAUCAUUCAGGGUUUGAUCAUCGACGCAUUUGGUGAACUUCGAGAUCAGCUCGACAGCGUGAAGACGAAUAUGGAAAGUAAUUGUUUCAUAUGCGGCUUAGGAAAGGACUACUUCGACGCGGUGCCGCACGGGUUCGAUACUCAUGUGCAACAGGAGCACAAUCUAGCAAAUUAUAUGUUCUUCCUUAUGCACUUGAUUAAUAAACCAGACACCGAAUACACAGGACAAGAGACCUAUGUGUGGAAUAUGUAUCAACAAAGAUGUUGGGAUUUCUUCCCGGUAGGCGAUUGCUUCCGUAAGCAGAAUGAAACAGUGGAAGAAGAGGCCAAGAAGAAAUAAAAUACUUGAUCCUAAUUAAGGUGACCAAUGGAAACGAUUGAUUUUUACCUGACGAAGAAGACUUUCUUCAUCGAACAACGUCUUCGAUAACUUUUAGCAUAAACUUUUGCUCAUCAAACGAGAGUGCGAAAUCAACAUUCGUUAAAAAUCAAAUUUUCGAAAAUUCUGUGUUUUACCUCAUAAGGACAGAGGGAGAAUUUUUAUCUCGUAAACUUAUGUCUCUGUUUUCCACUUGAUAGUUUACCGUUAUUCCGACUAAUUAAUAGACUUUCUGACGUGUGAAUGUAAUGCAUUAAUUGCGUACUGCGUGUAGUGAAGGUGAUUCGAACGCAAAGAAAUUCGUGUUUGAUAUCGCAUCGAGGGCACGUAUAAAAUUAAAAAUAUUUUUUCAACUUUGUAAAAAUGACAUAAACUCUAUCACCAAAACCGGCAACUUCCUCUUUUAGAUAGGCCAAUUCGAAACAAUUCAAUCAAAUCGUUGACAAAAGCUCCAUUUCCUUCGACCGGCAGUACGUUAUUGUUGAAUCGAUAGGAACGGCGGAAUCGACUGCACAAAUUUACAUAUUCAUAGCGUUGUAAUAUUGCCUUCUUUUCAUACGUUGGACGAUCUAUACCUGUGCGUAAUUUUAUGCUGUAUCACGGCAGUAACAAGAUAUAUGACAUAGUAUAAGUAAGUUGAAAAUGUUUAAAGUUUAUAUAAUGUGCAACUCUUUCUGAUCGCUACGAAAGCAAGAAUUUUUUGAACAUUAUAUACGACUGAGUUCAGUAUAUCCGAGAGAAUGUCAAUAUAUUGUAAAUAAAAUUCUACGGCAGGAGACUAGGUGGUAAUAAAUAAAGACAUACUUCUU